GGGUUAUCUCAGUUUACCUACUUCGUGCUUGAUGCAAGUGCUAAAAUUUUACGUGAUACUUUUUGCAUCAGGUGCAGAUAAUUUCUCGUGUGUUUAAAAUAGUCGAUUUUGAGUGGCUGCAGCGGUUGCAUUAAUAAUGACCUUAGCGUAAGGAGAGGGAGAUAUACAUAAAAUAAUAAAAAAAUAACUGUUUUACAGAAUAUGACCUCCACCACGAACAGCGGUGUGCGGUCGAGUGUUCCACCUGCUCCAAAAUAUAUACGUGUUAUUUUUGCGUCCAUGUGGACAAACUGAGCUAUUUGAGGAUUUUUGUCAUAGAAGUGACUGUGUCCUUAUGCUGGAAGUAGACGAAAACUGGAUUUUGUGUGGUCCCUAAUUGUCUCGUGUUAGCUAAAAAGUGAAUAGUCUCAAAUUGGCUGGACAGUGUCAACGGAGCCAAUAAAAUUAAUCUAGACAAUGUGAGUGAGUGAAUCUAUCCAUGUGAAUACUGUGAAAUAUCUCCUUCAUGUCGAGGAGAAUGAGAUGAGAUUGCACGACGAAUGAGAAAAUUGGAUCAGGAAGGAUUUAUACUACAAAAUUUGAUGAAGAUGAAGACGUCCAUAAAGAACUUUAUGUGUAUGUGACUUGGAAAAAAUAAGGACUAUUUUAUGAACUUUGCAUUAUUACAGGGCUAUGAUUGUUUUAUGUGAAUAAUCAUCUGAUCCUAUUUUAUGGUUCUCGUAAAGUAUUUCCGUGUGUUUCCCUUUAAUUUGUCAAAGGAGUUACAAUUUAAUUACGGAUCCCGUCACGUAUGUGCAUGCGUUAUGCGUGUCAGAUGCAUCCACCACUUUUUCAACCUUCAAGUUCAUGAUUAUCGUAAAAUUAGACAAGCCCCUAUAAUUUAAAUAACCAAUAUUUGGCAUAUUAUAUUGUUUGUGGAAUGUUGACCUCGUUGUGUGUAUUAAUAAAAUAUAAUAAACAUUGUUUGUGAGUAAGUGCUGCUUGUAAGUGUUUCCGAUUAUUAAAGUGCUGCUGGGGGUUCAAGAAAAGGGAACAAGUGCCGAAAAUGUUCAAAAGUCUACUGUUCUAAUCAUGCUAAUGUUAGCGGAAGUAAUACGUUGAAAAGAAUAUUUUCAGAACUUAAGAUAAAAAAAACUAAAAAAUCAUGAAUGAGGAGGAGGAUACCGCAGGACCAUUUAUAACGGUGGUCUCCGUUGAUGGAGGGCUUACAUGUGGGAACAAACUGACGGUGAUAACACCCACUGGUAUACCUGAAAGUAGCAAAAAAGGAAAUAAUUCAGCAGCCAACAAUAAGGACGACCGGGGGGAAUUUUGUGAAACCACACAUGCAGCCAAAGAAUCGAAGCUACGCAUUCCGUGUCACAAAGGGAAAGUUAGUGCUAUUCCUUUGCUUGGUUGUGCUUUGGUUGGAGUGGAUAGGAAACCCAACAGCGGCGGCGGCGGCUCGGGAGUCAGAACCAACAACACGGACAAUGCUGCAUAUGUUACCCUCGUCUCCUUCGAGCAAGAAAAAGAGAUUGAAAAUGCUGCCAAAUUAAAAUCUGGGAUCCCAGUUAAAUCUUUAAAAAAUUAUCUGCACACAAAGUCCAUAGUCCAACUUGGGAAUAAGGAGCACAAUGCCAUGCCGCGAGGAAAUCCAUCUCCAGGAAAGGGACGCAUUCUUCCUGAUUGUGAGGAGGAUCAAAUCAUCACCAUCAGUAAUAAAGUGAAAGGAGGGCAUGGGAGAAAUUCGUCAUUCGUCGAAAUCUCCUCAAAGGAACAAGAAGAUGAGAAAAAAUGCAACUUUUCAAAUUGGCAACAAAAUGAAGAUGUAGAAAUCCCCACGCUGGUCAUUGAACAGGUUACAAUCCUUAGACUGCCAGGGGAAAAAUUGGGAUUUGGUCUUCGCUUCGAAGGUGGAGUGACUAAUCCAGUGGACAAAGUGAGAAAUUUAUUCAUCCAAUCUUGCGCCUUUGACAGUCCGUCGAUUAAGGCGCAGACCUCUUGGGGUCAUUUAGAUGAAGGGGAUGAGAUUCUUGAAAUCGAGAGUCUGCCAGUGACCAGCAUGACCAGAAUGGAAUGCAUUCAGCGUUUAAAAGAUUCCUCAGUCGCCGUUCGCCUUCUCAUCUCGCACUUUUACACGGGCGAGGAGCUCUCGCUCUUGAGAGCUCAGAGGGAAAUCGCUCUUCAGAAAAGGAAAUUGAAAACUGCUUCCACAAGGAGCCACCCAAGCCAAAAUAAGGCAGAAGGAGAAAUUACACUCAAAAUUAAAAAUGGAUCUGAAUUAAAAGAGAAGACAUGUGAUGAUGAUAAUGAUGAUGCUAUAAAUAACAAAGCUAAUGACUCUUGUAAACCCCAUCAUGUUCAUGGCCUUAAUCAGCAAAUCACGAGCAGUCGUCGAGAAACAAUAUCGUUAACAUCAUUAUCAUCGUCAUCGUCAACUGUAGAUUCACCCUGCCCGUCAAAAAUCCCACUGCCAAAAUCAAAGCAGUCCUUGCCGUUGAAUACCAAUAGUAAUAAUGCCAAUAAUCUUGAUACUGCCAACAAUACUACAACAAAUUCUCACGAGCAACAAUCAGGGAACAGUAUUGUUUAUGACCAUAAUAAGAAUGAGAUUGAACAAGGUCUGGCCUCCAAUCAGAUUGGUGUGCAGCACGAUGAAGACGAAACGCAACAACAGCUCAUGAGAUUAAAACCCCCCGUGGGGUUUGCAGAUGAACUAUUGCCACAACCUACUCGCUAUCAUCAUCAAUCGACAGCCUCCCUUGAAGGCUGCAACAAAACAGCAAAAGGUGUGCAGUCGUCAUAUUCAAACAAAAAUUUUUAUCUCCACCACCAGCAGCAACCUAGUGAACCACAAUUCUAUCACAAUGCCAUCAGCCCCACACACAGUUAUCGCAACAGCUCAAUGUCACUGGAAAGCUUUGGAUCCGAUGAGACGGGGAGUUCCCGAAGCACCGUCGUUUCUCGACUAUCCAUGACUUCGUCCAUCACCUCAACAAUUGGCAAUGGCGUACAAAGUGACAAUAAUCUAAUGGCCACAUCGCCUACCUCGAACCCAAACCCACACAAUGGUGGUCAUCAUGUCUUAUUAGUCAAGAGGAAAAGUAGCCUCAGUUCCCUCAACUCUUGCCCUGAGGGGGUGGCAUUGGUGGUGGAUGGGGAAACCAAUUUUCAAAAUGAGAAAUUUGCUCCGAGUGCCACAUUGGCGGAGACAAAAGAAACUGGGAUCGGCACUGUUGGCCAGCACACUCCUGACGCAGUUUUAUCCUUUUCUGGGGAGAUUCCGUUAGCACCUCCGUUGGUUUUCCAAGAUCAAAGCAACAACAACAAGCAACAACAAGCUCUGCAUGUAAUACGAGACACGGCUGUUUGCUAUUCUGGCUUUAAUCCACAAAAAAUAGGGAAGGAGAAUAUUCACAAUUCUUUCAGACGUGCCUGCGGAGACGACAAUCUCCAAGCGAAUGAGCCUGACAGUGGAGAGCAACAUGAAAAUGGUGCUAAAAAAGCGGUCAGUUGUACUACUGCCGAAGGCGCAAGAGUAAGAUCUGCCUUCACAUUCGACGAAAAUAAAUCAAUGGAUGAAUUUAAUGUUUUGGCUGCGAAUGGAAAUCACAUAAGCCCUGAUUUUACUGCUGCUAAUUGGGAACAGAAAGGGAUUUUAGAUUAUGAUGACGACGAUGAUCUUGCACUUUUGGCAGAAGAACUUGGACUCGACCAAGACGACGAGGAUCUGUUUAAUUCUUUGGUCGCAGAAAUUGAUGAGAUUAGUGCUCAGGUUGUCGGAUCCAAGAGCCUUGUCAAUAAUAAGGAUGAUGGAAAGAGAAGUGAUAUUGAUGAGCUGCUCAUUCAGCAGAAUUUCAAUGGGGCUGAAUUCACAGAGCGUCAUGAAUUCAAAAACUUUCAUUCUGAGACAGCACACCACCACGGCCAACAUCAGCAGCAACAGCAUCAUCAACUUUGUGCCACUUCUUCUUUUUAUGAAAAGGGGGAUGGAAUACGAGAUGCCAAUAUAUUUUCCACCAACAAAAACAACACGUCGAGACAAAAGACCACAAGCUGCCAUGCUGUAGAUGCUGAUGAAAAUAGAAAAACAAACGAGUCAAACGGAAGACAUUUAGAGAACAAAGAUGGGAUUGAAUUUGAAUCUUCAGAUAACGGGGAUCUCCUCACUGCUAACAAAGACCGUUUGUUUCCACCUUUUUCACCAAAAGUCGUUGAACCAAUUAAUGGUGAAAUAAUGAUGACUAUCAAUAAAAAAGAAGCAGAAGAUAAACAAAUGCAAUUUCAACAAUGGAAGAAAGAAGGCUGUUUUGAGAAAGAAGAUGACAAAACCAUUAUUACAGAUGCCGGUAACUUCCUGAAGACGGAAACUACAAGUGCACAAGCACCUGCACAAGCACCUGCCCCUCCUCCAAGAACCAAAGUGCUCGAAAAAAGGGUCAAGGAAAACCAGAAAACUGAGCCUACUUCUCCGCCAAGAGCAAAAGUGAGAAAGAACAUCGCGUCAAACAAGCGAGACCCAGCCUCCCCGACAAUAGUGAAAAUUGAUGAGUGGAGUCGACCCGAAGGAGUUACCACAAAUUUCAAUUCUGUAAAAUUGCAAGUCCGUCAACAUAAUUCUUCAUUGGUUUGCUCAGAGACAAAAGAAACCAAUCCAGAGAGCAGUUCGGCGGCGGCGGCAUCAGUUAUCUGCCGAAAAGAAGGGAGUGAUGGGGAUAAUAACGGAGAUUUCGAUGACUCUCAGAGUUCCCAUAAAGGCAGAAAUCUAGUUAUUGCCUCACAUUCUGCCCAACAAGGAGUCACAACAGGCGACCAAGCAGCAGAACAGAUAACUUUGCCCCCAAAAAGAAUGGAUUCCACUGAAGUACUUCAUAGUCAUCACCAGUUUCCACCACCCACAUUCUCCCGACUGCCGCCCGACGGGCACGAGUUCCCAAAUAAUUACUGGUCGGAUGAAAAGAUAAUUCAAUUCAGUGGGGACGACAAAUGUCAAUUUCGCAACGAGUAUUCGGUUGGAACAUCAUCUAAACCCUCAUCUGAGCCAGGCAGUCCCCCACCUCUGCCCACUUCAGAGCCUCCCAAGGAGGACCCCAUAGAAUUUCCACCCCUCCCGAAUACAGUACCACCGGUGCCACCAAAGAAAAUGGCAGCUGCACAAAGAUACAGUUUUGACGACAGGAAAAAAUUGUUUGAGAGUUCACCCUCCUCUGCAAAAGACAUGAUAAAUACCAACGGUUUCACUUACCCAGCAAAACCGAGUGAAGAACCCAGCAAGAAAAAUGUUGCUGUUCAACCUGCCCUUCCGUGUCAUACAGUGAAAGAUAAAAUUGCAAUGUUUUCCAGUCGAAGUAAUUCCAGUGAAGAUUCAGAUUCUUUGCAGUCCAUACUUCCAAAGAAAAUUUCCAACCACGUGUCUUCUAGUCUGUCCAAAAGUACUGUGCAUAUUCCUAACUCGAAUGGGUUUAGCAAAAGCUCUGAAAACUUGUUGGGGACGACGACGACGGGGAGGAAAGGUUCAGUUGAUUUGAGUCUGGCAGCCCACCGUGACACAACUCCUCCCGUUCCUUUGUACGCUACUAUGACUCGAGUCACACCCAACAGCACUGCGAAACCCCUGAGUUUAUACGAGAGGUCACAAAGUAUGGUUGAUGUUGGAGGCGCUGACCUCGGUGGAAAAAAUGCAAGUUACCAAAAUUCAGUAAACCAAAGCCAACCCUACACCAGCAACCAGUAUGGUAGUAGCACCCUAGGAAAGCCAGUCGUGGUGUCCAACAUGAUGGAACAGAGGAGAAAGUGCAUGACCAAGUUGAGAGGGCUUGUGAUCCCUGAUGGGCCUACGGACGGCACUAAUAGUGCAGCAGAGAGUGGAAGUAUGAGAACCAGAACUUGUGCUUCAGUAAUGGACUUGCCAACCAUUAAACCAGCAUCAUUGUAUCCUGCCACCGACAAUUCCCAGCUCAAGAAAUCAAUUUCACGAACAGAAUCCUUGGAUCGGUUCUCGUCGUCAAUUGAGACAACCAGUUCUUUCACAAAGACGAACUGCUCGAAUAAUAAUAAUAAUAAUAAUAAUAAUGACAACCAAAGUGCCAAAACCAAUAGUGCCCUUCAACAAACAGAAUACACGUCCAACGGGUUCCCAAAUAUAUUGCCCAAGUAUUCUCCAGCGUUUAAAAGAAGGGGUUUGUCGACUUAUCAGCCGUCCACGACUACAACUCUACCUUCUAAAAUUUCACCUCCUACUACAAAUAAGCAAACGCCCGGAACUACACCCGAACCUAAAAGUCUCGAAAGUCUUACUUCCCCGAAAUCGGAUUCGAGCUUUGAAUUUUCGUCGUCUGUUUCCCAACAGCAGCAAAACCAUCAACGCCAAAAAAAUACUCCCCCAACUGGAGGGGUGAAAAGUAUGGAGAAACCUGUUGAAAUUAAGGUGGGGAAGGAGCAGACAGUGAAAACCAACAAUAAUCUAAAAGUAGUAAAUGGGAAAUCAGGAAAGCUGGAAGAUAGUGAUAAUGACUCUGCUGUAAGUUCGAGUAGAUCCUCAAUAUCUCAUGGAUUGUCACCACCCAACUCUCCAACCCCUGGAGAAUCAACUGCAGCAACACCAGACCCUGAUUUGGGGAGUGAUGAUCAAAAGAACGAAGAGGUCAUGAUGAAUAUGGAUGAGAGCUGGCGAGUUCUGAAGCCCACUAGCGUUGAAGCAAUAAAUCGUAAGAAUGUAUUAAAAAGUGCAAAGUUCAGCAGCGGUGGUGGUCUUGGUCAGGCCACAAAAGGCGACGAUAGCAGUUUCAGCAGCAGCAAUGGAAAAAAUCGUCGCAGUGAUGAUGACGAAGCCAGUUAUGCAGAUGCUGAAACUGAGGAUACUGAAUCUUCAUGCUCCGAACUGGAAGGGAGUGGAAAUAGUCGACGCCUAAUUGAGACUACCAGCAGCCGGGUAACGAUGAUGACCCAUGAUCAAAGAGACUCUAAGGUUGAGACAGAAGAUGAUGACGAUGACGAUGAUGACGAACCAGCACAACAAAGUGCGGUGAACAUGGAAUUUACAGAAAUGACCGAGUCGCCCCUCCAAGCAAUUUACGACAUUGAGGUAAAGAUGGCAUACAUUAAUGAAGUUUGUGACGCUUUGAACGAGCGAGGACGAUCAGAUCUCCCGUCACGCUACUUUUCUCGUCGAGAUUCUGAAGCCACAGUAAUCGAGCAACCAAUUGAACACAAAAGAACAAUAGACCCUGAAGACAGUGCUUCUAUUACGGAACGUAGAGCACGAAACCGAAGUAGCUCGGGAAAUGAAUCCGAUUUCUCCAGCAAUGUGUCUGUAGGAAGCCAGCAUAAUAAUCAUAAGUCGUUAAGCAGAGAAACCAGCAGUAACAAUGGCACAGACACAGAACGGUGGUCCAUGCUAGAAAAGAAAUAUUCUAGAAGUAUGACUUCCGUCAACAGCCUUGGAAGUAAAGUAGAACCACAAAUACCACAAACACCGCAAGGUCUAACCCCAGCAACAUCCGUUCCAAAGAUAGUAAAGAAUUGUAGCACUGGUGCUAGCGAAGUGGUGGAAAAGAAGAUUGAGAAAAUUAUCGAAAAAUCCAGCACGGAUGGAAUUCUCAAAAAGACAAAUCCGAGCAUACCCAGAGGUCGCAAUGACUUCAAGUCCAUCGCUGAAAAGUGGCAGUCAAUUGAAUCCUCCAGUGUUUCAUCACCCGCACCAAGCAGACCUCAACUGGCUACUCCCCCGUCAACCACACCCAGCAUCUUAUCUAAGCCAUCCGCUCCAUCUCCAGUAAAAAGUAGCAUUUCAGAUUUGAAAUUCCCACCCAGAGAAAAUACCAUACCACAAACUGUGACCAGAACCCCAUCAGGACUCUCAUCCAGUUCACGGGACGACUCGGCUCGGAUCAUGCAGGCUAAACUUGAGGCAAUGGAAGCAGAUAAGGCUUGGGCCGCUGAGAAAUGCAAAAGCGAGAGCGAACCCCAGCAACAACGGGUGACGUCAACUGGCUCGGGUGCUGGGACAAAGCGAUCCGUCAGUGUGAACGACAUUCGCAAGGCAUUUGAGAAGGCAGAGAUUGCUGUGAACUCGUACAAUGGUCGAGAGGGAGGUAGCCCCACGGAAGAGGGGACUGGAAAAAAUAAGGAUGGGGGCCUCACUUUACCCGCAGCGCAUUUUAGAGUCAGUUCCUUCGAUAGCACGACAAGUGAGGAGAGCGGUGCCCCCACACCCGCCGGAAUGUACGGGUCCUCAAACAGCCUCGUUAGCUCGGCCCCCAAGGAUCCAUACGGCAGCAUUACGUCCCUGGCGUCCUCCACCAGCCUCAUUUCUCCACAGGAACUCCAACAGCUUAUUGAUGAAGCAAAUCAGUCACUAGAGGAAGCAGGCACACCUUCACAUGAAGUUUCCGUGGUAAUAUUGCACCGAGAAAUUAGUUGCGGAAGCCUUGGAAUAACGCUGGCUGGUGGAGCUGAUUAUGAGACAAAAGAGAUUACUGUUCAUAAAGUCCUCACCUCCAGCAUUGCAGACCGAGAUGGACGAAUUCACCGAUGCGACCGAAUUCUAUCCAUAAAUGGAAAAAGCACAAAAGGAUUAACACAUAGAGAGGCAUUGAAUUUGCUCAAGUCUCCAAGAACAGAAGUGGUUCUUGUAGUUUCUCGAGGUAGAACAGCAAAUGGAUUCCAAACAAUUUCGGAAACGUCCGCUCUGGACAGAGCGAUAGAACCUUUACUAAACGGAAAUUUAGUGAUUGAGAAUGAUGACGAUACAUGUUAUAAAUGGGGAUCGUUGAAAACUGCAACUCUCGUAAAGGACGGUGCCGGAUUAGGGUUUAGCUUGGAAGGAGGCAAAGGAUCCAUCCAAGGAGACAAACCACUCACGGUCAAGAAAAUAUUUAUUGGUGGACCUGCCGAGAAAAGCGGUGAACUAAAGCUGGGUGAUCUCAUCGUAUCAAUUAACGGCAUCAAUAUGUCGUCAAAGUCAAGAACUGAAGCAUGGAAUUUUAUGAAAAAGCUGAACGAUGGUGACGUAAAGAUAACUAUUCGAUCCCCAUUGGUCUAAAACAUAUACAUGUAUCUACAAACUACGGACGAAACUAUUUUUAAGCAACAACAAUUGUAUGUAUUUACGAAAUGUACAGAUUUUCAUGUUAUCGAUUCAAAAUUAGAAACUCGUGGGGACCGUUUGAAGUGACCUAGUUGAAACUAAUAUUUACGCAAUUAUAUAUAUUGCUAAUUUGCUAGCUAAUUUCAAGUGCGUGUGAAUUUUUAAUUACUGAUGGCUUUUGUAGUAAGUAAGCUGAAGUAGGCAGUGAACAUUGUAAUCUUAGUUUUUGAUGGUUUUGUUGAAUUCACUAUAUUUUAUAUAGAGUUUUAAACUAGUACAUUUAUCAACUUCGGUUUAUCAAUUUAGAAUUAUCCGGUCGAAACCAAAUCACAAAGCGUUCUGCAUUCGCAGAAAUAUAAUGGAACAUUGCUAUACUUUAUAGUUCUGUAUGACCCUUCACCUGUGCUCGGUGUUAUUAAAAUGUACAACGGACGAACUGUGUGGCGUUAGGAGAGAACCAAUCAACAAACAAUAUUGUCAAAUGAAAUUGCAAGCUUUAACUGAAAACUCGUCGAUUUUUAUCUAUACAAUACAAAUACUUAAUAUGUAAAUAUUUUCGUAUCCAACAAAACUAUACAUUUGUAGGUAUGUUGUAAUUGAUAUUAUAUGCCUAUUUAAAUGGAUUCCAGAAUAUUCGUUACACAAUAACUAUUAUUAACUGACUUAAAUGAAAUAAUUACAGAAGAGCAUAAUAUAUCACAACUGCACCUGCAUGUAUCAAUUACAUUUUACUCCUGUAGACGUUUACACUUACAAGAAUAAAUUACAUACAUGAAUAAAUCCUAAUGUCGAAGAAA